GGUUCUCAUGCUAAGGAGAUAAUAUGAUGUUUGCACAUGAGGUACUGACCUUUGAAGAUGUGGCUGUGAACUUCACCAAGGAGGAGUGGACUUUGCUGAAUCCAUUGCAAAAAAAGCUCUACAGAGAUGUCAUGGAGGAAACAUUUAUGAAUAUGGCUGCUAUAGGAAGAGCCUGGGAUAACCAGGAAUUUGAAGAACAGUACAAAAAAUACUGGAGAAAUCUAAGAAAUGAACAGAUAGCAAAAUGCUGUGAAUAUAAAGCAUUGAGUCAAUAUGAAAAAAUCUUCCUUUGGACUCCAGACGGUAAUGUGGACUUAAAACAAAGAAAGCCCCUAGUCAGCCAUUUGUCUCCAAAUGUGCCCAUCAUAGCUCACACUAGAGUUAAACCAUGUGAGUAUGUAGAAUUUGAAGAGAGGCUGCAUAAAUGUAAUGGCAAUGGAAGAACUUGUGGUUUCCAGUCUUUUCAGAAGCAUCCAAGGACAAAGCCUGGAGAUAAACCCUAUGAAUGCAAUCAGUGUGGGAAAUCCUGCUCUGAUCUUAGUGAAAGAACUCACCUCAGAGAAAAGAGCUUUGUGUGGGAGAAAAAAUUGGAAAUCUCUAGCACAACCAAUGAAGUACAUAAACAAAGGCAUGCUAGAGAGAAGCUCCAUGUUUCUGAGGAAUGUGGGAAAGUACUGAAUCAAAAUAAUUAUUUUCUCAGUAAUGUAAGUAUUCACACUGGGGAGAAACCAUAUGUAUAUAAGCAGUGUGGAAGAGCUUUCAGCACACAGAGUCUUCAUGAAAGACAUGAAGGGACUCAGACUGGGGCAAAACCAUAUGCCUGCAAGGAGUGUGGGAAAGCUUUUAGUACACGCAGUGCUUGUCGAAAACAUGAAAGGAUUCAUACUGGGGAAAAACCCUAUGUAUGUAAACAAUGUGGAAAGGCUUUUGGCACACGCAGUCAUUGUCAAACACAUGAACGAACUCAUACUGGAGAGAAACCCUAUGUAUGUAAGCAGUGUGGAAAAGCUUUCAGCACACGCAGUUGUUGUCAAAUACAUGAAAGAACUCAUAGUGGGGAGAAACCCUAUGUAUGUGAGCACUGUGGGAAAGCUUUUAGUACACACAGUCAUUGUCAAAUACAUGAAAGAACUCACACUGGCAAAAAACCCUAUAUAUGUAAGCAAUGUGGGAAAGCUUUUAGCAGAUAUGGUAAUUGUCAAACACAUGAAAGAACUCACACUGGAGAAAAACCGUAUGUAUGUAAGCAAUGUGGAAAAGCUUUCAGUACACGCAGUCAUUGUCAAACACAUGAAAGAACUCACACUGGAGAGAAACCCUAUGUAUGUAAGCAAUGUGGGAAAGCUUUCAGCACACACAGUUGUUGUCAAGUACAUGAAAGAAGCCACACUGGGGAGAAACCAUAUGUUUGUAAGCAGUGUGGGAAAGCUUUUAGUACACAUAGUCAUUGUCAAAUACAUGAAAGAAGUCACACAGGAGAGAAGCCUUAUGUAUGUAAGCAGUGUGGGAAAGCUUUCAGCACACAUGUUAAUUGUCAAACACAUGAACGAACUCACACUGGAGAGAAACCUUAUGUGUGUAAGCAGUGUGGAAAAGCUUUCAGUACCCAGAGUUAUUGUAAAAUUCAUGAAAGAAGUCACACUGGGGAGAAACCGUAUGUGUGUAAGCAAUGUGGGAAAGCUUUUAGCAUACAUGCUAGUUGUCAGAUACAUGAAAGAACUCAUACUGGGGAGAAGCCCUAUGUAUGCAAGCACUGUGGGAAAUCUUUCAGCACACAUGGGCACUGGCAAAGACAUGAAAGAAUUCAUACUGGGGAGAAACCCUAUGUAUGUAAGCACUGUGGGAAAGCUUUUAGUACUCAUGUCAAUUGUCAGACACAUGAAAGAAUUCACACUGGGGAGAAACCUUAUAUGUGUAAGCAGUGUGGGAAAACUUUCAGCAGACAUGGUAAUUGUCAAACACAUGAAAGAAGUCACAGUGGGCAAAAACCUUAUAUAUGUAAACAAUGUGGAAAAGCUUUUAGCCUACAUGCUAAUUGUCAAAUACAUGAAAGAAGUCACACUGGGGAGAAACCCUAUGUAUGUAAGCAAUGUGGGAAAGCUUUCAGUAGGCAUGGUAAUUGUCAAACACAUGAAAGAAGUCACACUGGGCAGAAACCCUAUGUAUGUAAACAAUGUGGGAAAGCUUUUAGCCUACAUGCUAAUUGCCAAAGACAUGAAAGGACUCACACUGGGGAGAAAACCUGUGGAUAUAAGCAGUCUAGGGAAGCUUUUACCACAAGUAGUAAUUGUCAAAUGCAUAGAGAAACUAACUGGGGAGAAACUCUGUACAUAUAAGUAGUGUGGAAAAGGAUUUGCUACUACAUCCUCACAUACAAAUAAAUCUCACUGAGAAACCCUAUGCACAUAAAUAAUAUGAGAAAUCAUUCAAUACAAGCACAUGUUAUAUAUUUGAAAAGUUGCACUGAGGAGAAACUAUACUAAGCCUAUUUGAAAAUCCUGUUAAAUUUCUCAUGUAGUGGAUGCCAGUAAAAGUAAUUAUUGAGAACAGUUUUAUGUAAAUAUUCAUAAAUUUUUCAGAAAAUACAAUCGAAGAUGGAGAUAUACUAAAGUACAGAUGGUAUGUUUUUCAGUAAAUCUAAAAAUAUCUUCAUUAUGUAUCUUGUGUUUAAUAUAAAAUAUGAAUUGACAAUUAUGUAUUUUUGUGUCUGAGCUUAAUAUACUUAAUUAAACACAUGGUAUUUACACAUUUUUUGCAUACAAGUACGACACAUGCAUACUUUUUAAAAAUAAUUGGGUGAUAUAGCCCACUAAAAAAAUUAAUGUUAAUUGUGUUUUGUUUUUGUUGAGAUUUCACCACUACCUUUUGAAAAAAGGAUUUGGUAUAUAUACUCAAUAUUCUGAGAUAGUUCAUUUGAUACUGUAUUUUAUAUUGAGGUAUUUUCUGAGAAUUGUGAGCAUGUACUUUCAAAAAUUUUUUA